AUGAAUCAAAACUUCGUUGGCCAGCCCAACGCUGAGGACAUCAAAGCGCUCGAAAACCUGCGGCGCGGGUUAAUACCUAUGCUCGCAGCCCUGGACAAGCUGAAGUACGACAUGGAGAUCGCAAAAAAACGAGGAACAGCGGUGGACUGGCCACAAAUUCAACGUGCAACAACAACCGUCAACAGCUACAUCACAAACCUCAUGACCACAAUCAAUGGCGGCCGCAAAUAUGCCCUCGAAAGCCGAAAGACCGAUGCUGGCAAAGUACUCAAGAACAAACAAGGAGACCACGGGCGGGACUACAGAGACAUCGACAUCGAGCCUCAGGCAGACACAAUCCGCAAUCUGCACCCCUUCCCCACCGCGCCCUUCCCAGGCACAACGCACGAGUUCGCCGUCAUAGCACAAGGUCUACUUCGAAAACGUAUGGAACCCGCAGAAGAGAAAUGGGUCGAGGAGCGGUUAUCAAGAGCGCUAGAAUUUGCCUCUGUGCCGCCAGAAUGGGGCAUCGAGCCGCGCAAGCCUGCCGACAAGGACGAGAAAGACAGCGACAACGAGACCGACCCUGAUGCGCCGAGUACCGCGGUCAACAGGUUCAGCAAGCGUGCGAAGGGUUCUCUGACGGAGGAGCAGCUGGUGCAGAGAUGGAAUUCGGCGCACAUCUGGUUUUUCAACCCGCCGCGGACGGAGUUUGAUGACGAGGGCGAGUAUGAAGAUGGUGAGGAGGGGGAUGAAGAAGACGAUGAGGGCGAGUUCGAGGAUGCGAUGAAUACACCGGCUGCGGACGCGAGUGCGCAGCCGCCGCAGGAGGGAGUUCAGCCUGCGAAGCCGCCGCCGCCGGUUAUCAUGAUUCAAGAGGCGGAGCCGCCAGUGCAUAAGCCGGUGCCUGGGACGCCGGUAUUGGACCUGGGUAUUAUUCAGAAGUUCAUGGCGACAGGGCAGUUGUAGGAAGGCUGGCCACACAAUAUCACCGGGCACCGCUGUAGGAGAGUAAGACGUCGGAAGGAAGAGCAUUGCGCAUCAUCAAUAAUCGUGCAUUGCGUACCUGGGUAUAU